AUGUUUCAGGAAGCGCUGAUAGUUCACUGGGAAAUGUUAAACUAGCUUGCUAGUUUUUGAGUGUAAAAGAGCAUUUUAACUGCUUUGCAGCCCUCUCUAAGAGAGUAAUGUUCACAAACUGUUCCCUCGGACAUUGUCAUAUUGUCAUUGCUGUGAUUCUUUGGUCCAUUUGUGUAGACUCGCGGAAAAUCAGAGGAAUUUCUUUAUCGUAUAAGAGGUUUUAUAGAGAAAGAAAGUCCUUCCUGUGUAUCGAUGGGUCUAAAAUGAUCCCUUUUGACCAGGUGAAUGACGACUACUGCGACUGUAUGGAUGGAUCAGAUGAACCAGGCACUGCAGCCUGUCCUAACGGCCGAUUCUACUGCACCAACCUCGGCUACCGCUCUCACUACAUACCAUCUUCACGUGUCAAUGAUGGCAUCUGCGACUGCUGUGACGCUUCAGAUGAGUACAGAAGUCAAACGCCUUGCCAAAACACAUGCAGGAAUCUGGGACAGAGGGAGCGAGCGGAGGUGGAGGGCCAGACGAGGGUCCUGGGUGAGAGGCUGAGACUCAAGCAGCUGCUGAUUGAGGAAGGCGUCCUCACCUGGCGUGAGAAACAGGCCCAGCUUCGCGACCUGCAGCGGGUCUCUGACGACCUACAGACCCAACUGGAUGAUCUCAGGAAGGAGGAGGCAAGGAGGAAGGAGGAGGCAGAUUCACUCAGAGAGCGGGAGAUAGGGGCACGGGAUACGGCGGACAACAGUCCCACGAGUCCCUAUAGGCCUGAGUCUCCAAUCAGCGUUUUCAAAGAGUUGGACAGCAAUAGAGAUGGAAGUAUUACCGUGGAUGAAGUCCAGGCGAAACUCUCUCCCGUCCAGGAUGAGGAGCAUGCUCUAUCUGAGGAUGAAGCUGUGAUCAAAGGGAGACGUGGUGUGCCAGGCAGUCUGGCAGAUGAAGACCCCAACAUCAAGGCCGCCGUGAGCGCUGCUGAAAAAGCGGCUGCUGAUCUAAAGAGAGUUGAAGAUGCGUACGAAACGGUGUACAUGGAAAUCAGGGACCUAAGGGAGAAACUUUCCAUAGACUACGGAUCAGAGAGAGAGUUUCUAUUCCUGCAUAACCAAUGUUUCCAGCUGAAGGUCUAUGAACCUCCAGGACCAUCAACAGUGUUACCACAGACCUCCAGGACCAUCAACAGUGUUACCACAGUCCUCCAGGAGGAUCAUCAACAGUGUUACCACAGUCCUCCAGGAGGAUCAUCAACAGUGUUACCACAGACCUCCAGGACCAUCAACAUUGUUACCACAGUCCUCCAGGAGGAAACUGAGGUAUAUUUACGAGCUGUGUCCCUUCAGUCAAGUAACGCAGAAGAGUGCUUCAGGAGAAGUGGUGUCCUUAGGGAAGUGGGGGUCAUGGGCGGGGCCACCAGAGAACCCAUAUUGCCAGAUGAGGUAUGAGAGUGGAGAGCCCUGCUGGCAAGGCCCUACCAGGAACACCAUGGUCAUGUUGAUAUGUGGGACAGAGACAGCCUUGAGAUCGGUAAAGGAGCCCAGCAAAUGCCAGUACGUCAUGGAGCUUCAGACUCCCGUGUCCUGUCAGCCGGCGCUGAGGCAGCGGGGCAUACACAGUGAACUUUGACCCCCAGGGACCAAGGGAGGGAGCCAUGCAGCCCCCAUGCCGCUGGUGACAGACUUUGUUUCGGGGCCACUCGGGCCCCAGUGUCCUCUGCCUUUGUGUCAGAACACAUAUCGCAAUAAUUGCUGUAGCUUUAUAAUAUGUUUUUGUCCUCCGUUGUCUUGUUACCAUGGUGUUUUUGUUCCUCCUGACUGUCACGCUGUUAAUUUCCAUUGUGUUUCGUUGAGCUUUGUGGAAUUGAAGGAGUCUUUUCAUGUAAAAUGUUGUUCUAGAAAUGUAGACAUUUUAAUUACGCUUGCUGUGUGUGUUAGGUUUUACGCUUUGCAGUAUAGCUUCUCUGUCAUUCCUGUUAAAAACAAUUAUAAUCACAGUAGUUUCCAAACACUGUCUAAUGACAGCAUUAAGUCAAUCUAUGAUCUUUGUAACAAAGAAAUGACUCUGAUUUGAAUGAAAAUAAAAGGGACUAUUUUGGAUAGCAGCAAUGCCUUUUCAAAUAGUAUCAUCGGUUACCAA